UUUGACUGAUAUACCAGUCACAUUCCAAAUGGAGCUUCAUACUGCAACAAUGACUCUGUUUCUGCUGCUAUGCUUUUUCUUGGCUAAUGCAGCUUCAUCACAUAAAAAAUCCACCUACAUUGUCCACAUGGAUAAAACCUCCAUGCCCAAACCUUUCUCCUCUCACCAUUUCUGGUAUUCCUCCCUUCUCAAAUCCACCAAUCCCAACCCAAAGCUUCUAUACAUUUACGACCACGCUUUCUGCGGAUUCAGCGUCUCCAUCUCCCAAACUGAGCUCCAAUCACUAAAGCACUCCCCAGGAUUCGUGUCCGCUUACCCCGACUCUGCUGUCACCCCAGACACCACCCACACCCCUGACUUCCUCUCCCUCAACUCAGCCUCCGGUCUCUGGCCGGCCUCACACUACGGCAAAGACGUCAUAAUCGGAGUCAUCGACUCCGGAAUCUGGCCCGAGAGCCCCAGCUUCAGCGAUCGUGGGAUAACUACUCAAGCCCCUGCUAAAUGGAAGGGAGUCUGCGACGGCGGUGCAGGAUUCAACUCUUCGCUCUGCAACAACAAAAUCAUCGGAGCUAGAUACUUCAAUCAAGGCUGGAAAGUGUCGGGCACCUUUGAGGUGCCCGACACUGCAAGGGACGACGACGGCCACGGCAGCCACGUCUCGUCCAUUGCAGCCGGAAACUUCGUGGAGGAGGCCUCCUUCUUCGGGUACGCCACUGGGACCGCGAGAGGGAUGGCGCCGCGGGCCAGGCUGGCCGUGUACAAGGCCCUCUGGGGCGGCAGCAGCGUCUCGUCGGAUGUACUCGCGGCGAUGGACCAGGCUGUGGCGGAUGGAGUCGAUAUACUCUCGAUUUCUUUGGGUGUUCUAGAAAUUAAUUUGUAUGAGAGCCCUCUUUCAAUAGCUAGCUUCGGAGCGAGGGAGAAGGGAAUCGUGGUUUGUAUAUCGGCUGGAAAUCGAGGCCCGGGUUCUCGGACUAUCCGAUCGGGAAUCCCCUGGGCGGUGAUAGUUGCUUCGGGCACCGUUGAUCGUUGGUUUGCCGGAAAUUUGACUCUAGGAAAUGGGAAAACGAUCACCGGAUGGACCACAUUCCCGGCUAGGGCGAUAGUCCGCAACCUGCCUAUCGUGUACAACCAGAGCUUAUUCGGUUGCACCGCAGCUGAGCUAGCGGAGGCGCCGGAAAAUAGCAUCAUUGUCUGCAACAUCACCGUCGGAGACACGGAUUUCGACACCGUUAUGGGAGACUUAUCCGAUUCCAAUGUGAAAGCGGCUAUAGUGAUAACGGAAGACGCAUCCAUUUUCCGAUUCAACGCGUUUCCUCACCCUGGAGUCGUGAUCACGGCUGCGCAAGGACGACAAGUGGCGGAUUACGCGCUGAGCAGCGCUACCCCGACAGCGAGCAUCGAUUUCAAACAGACCAUUCUCGGCAAAGAGCCGAGAGCCGCGCCGGCUCUCUCAGAUGACUCGUCGAGAGGCCCGGGGCUAAACUAUGAGGGCAUCCUGAAGCCCGACUUGAUGGCGCCGGGAGUAUUGAUCUUGGCAGCGUUUCAUCCUCAGCUUAUGGCCGCAAGUAUCGGUAGAAAUAUCGACCUCGCAACCGACUACAACCUCCUGGCGGGCACGUCAAUGGCGUGCCCGCAUAUCUCAGGGGUCGCGGCGCUUCUCAAAGCCGCGCACCCUGAGUGGAGCCCCGCAAUGAUACAAUCUGCUAUGAUGACCACCGCCAAUCCUCUGGAUAAUACCAACCAGCCCAUUCGGGCACAUGAUGGCUCGGUGGCCACACCGUUUGGCAUCGGGUCGGGUCAAGUUGACCCGAACCGGGCGCUUGACCCGGGCCUUGUUUAUGACGCUUCCUUGCAAGAUCUUGUGAAUCUAGUUUGUUCCAUGAACUUCGCUCGCAAUCAGACUCAGACGAUCAUAAGGUCGAGCUACAAUUGUUCGAAUCCAUCCUCGGACCUCAAUUAUCCGUCGUUCGUGGCUCUGAUUCGUGCAGCGGAGAUCGGGAGGACGCUAACUCGGUGGUUCCGUAGAAACGUGACAAAUGUAGGCGAUGCGGCCACAUAUAGAGUUAUGGUGGAGGCGCCGGUGAACACAACAGUCGUAGUUCGGCCUCAAACUUUGGUGUUUAAGAAGAAAUACGAGACAAUUAGCUAUUAUCUCACGAUUCAAUACAACGCUGACAUAAGGAUUCAACACAGGGAAGGUGCAGUGAUUUGGAUCGACCAAGCUGGCAAGUACCGAGUGAGAAGUCCGAUUAUGGUCGCCGCCGCCGCCGACAACUUCGAAUAAUGCGACAAUAAUUACAAGUCCAAUCAUGGUCUAUUUUAACCAAUAAUGAUGUUAUAAAAUGUACUACUCCAUUACUUAAAAUAAUUCAGAGCAAGUUACAUAAAAUAUUCCCAAAAUAGAAUGCUUUGUAUCUAAUUUUC